UCGAACUUCGCUGUUACAAUUAAUUAGGUAUACUUUUGGAGAUAAUUUUGUUAUUGCAGAUACCGCAGCGUUGUUUUUCGAUUGGCGUUUAAUAUUUAUCGCGAGAUGAUGCGCAUGCGACGCGAGUUUUUUUCAACAUAAAUAUAUCUCCGCUCCGACGGAUUAAACGCCACCGUGCUAGCAAUAAAAAAAUGAUAUUUACAAGUGAUAAUGUUUUAUAGAAAUAUAUUAGUUUGUGUUUUUGUGCUGGUGAGGUUUUCUACGGGACUGAGAAUAGACUUUACAAGCUGUCAAAGUGUGGAAUGGACUUGUUUACGCAAUGAGCCCAGUGAUAUUGUGUACACCUGUGCAGCCGCUGUCGAUGAGCACAUCAUCCACAUAAAGGAUUUCUACACAGACGACAUAACCAGCGUCACGGUGCAAAACUGCAAACACCUUAAAGUAGUAGUGGACUGUCCCAUCCUGCAGAGGACUUCCCGCCUUCAACGCUUUUCCAUAAAGAACUGCCAGAAGCUAGAGUUCGUCACCUUAUCCAGUUCUUCCCUCGUACAGACACCGCCAGAAGUGAUCAUAGACAAUGUAGGACAGAUAGCAGCAUUCCCUCAGGGGCUGUUCAAGUCUCCGAGCAACACCUCUGAAAGGAAGUGCAUGGGAGCGCCGCAUGUGAGACAAGUACUCGUCAGGAACGCCAAGAUAAGCGUUGUAAACACGGGCGCUAUUUAUAACGUUACCGGCGCGCGGUUGAUUGACUUCACUAAUGUUACUAUUGACGAGGUUCAGAGUCAAGCUAUAGAGGCUAUACUCGGUGAAGGCAUCUAUAGAUUCACUAUGAACAACUGCAGAAUUGAUAAGCUGAUGAGCAAAAGUAUCACUGUGGACGCUAAGCUGGUCACUAUAUCGGCUAACAGAUUUGGAGAUCUCAAAACGAACGCCGUCAACAUAACUUCUGACUUCCUGCAUAUAACUGAAAAUGUUUUCGGUGAUAUUGAGUCUAACGGCCUAUUGAUAAAAUCUGCCAAUUCCGACAUCACAAACAAUUACAUCCGGACGUUGAAAACAAGUGCGCUCUCCAAUGUUAAAUGUGGUAUCAACAAAGCCAGCAGAAGACAUUUCAACUUCAUGAGAAAUACCAUAGAGAACGUUGAACCCAACUCUCUUAUUUUCGACUUCGCCAGUUGUAAAACUGCUAGAACAGUGAUCUUGUUCAGGGAAAACAGAAUCGACUGUAGAUGCACAAACAUUGCUUUCUUAAACUCCGGAGAAUCGCCUUCAGAGCUGACCUCUUUGGUAAUGAACCUACAGAGCAACAACACUUGUCUACACGCGCCAUGCCUGCUACCCGUGGAAGUUGUCAAGAUACUAAAGGAGAGCGCGAUGUGCCAACUCAACCUGGACCCUCAGGUCAUGUGUCUCCUGUACUACGAUAAAAACGGCACCACCAAUAAAGAAACUUCAACAAGCGAGGACGUAACGGAAGCAACAGCUACUUUCUACCUCAUAAAGCAGGCUAAUUCUCCUCGAGACGCCCCCAGUGCCGCCAUGACGGCCGUAGACAAGGACAGACUGCUGAAAGACAGCCAUGCGAGCAUCAGCAAUCGAACGACGGUCAGGAUCAUAUUCGAUUCUUCCAAAGACUUUGAGGAAACUCUGCGAAGUACCAACUCGAAGAAGCCCUGUCAGAAAACUCCUGAGAAAGGGGAUGCACCGAAAGAUCGCUGUGUCGGAGGCCAGUGCAGAAACUCCGUGGCUUACGACAAGCAGAAGGCGUUAGAUUUCUAUAAAUAUGUCUACGCGCAAUUGAGGCCACCAAAAACUGAAUCGCCGUUAAAGACUUGAGGC